UCCCUUUAGGAAAGAUUCAGGGGAGAAAUAACUGCUCAAACCAACAAGUUUGCUUGCGGCUUUAAGAGGACUUUCAGACACUACUCUUUAAUACUGACAGAAUACAAUCAACUGUAGUCAGCCACAAUUCCAGACAAAAGGCGAACUACGGUAGCACAGACUGACUCGGAGAGUGCAAUUCAAAGCGCCCCUCAAUGUAACGCACAGUUAGUUAAACGUUGCGCAAAGGAUUUUCUUCACUGAGAUCUUGUGAUUGCUGUGCUUGUGUGAUCAGAUACUUUCUCCUCCGCAGAAUGGGACAAGGCUGCAUAUAGCGCUGGUCGGGGAGGCAGGGUGCUGUCGCCACUAGCCCUCUCUCACGACCUGGACUUCGUCUACCUGCCUACGCACUGUAGGGAUUGAUUUUUGAAGAAAUUUAAUUUAAACUGUCAAGGACACUUCUACAUGAGUGGAAAGUAAAUAAAACUGGUUAAUUCAGUCUCUUAGCAACGCCUUGGGGACUCUCGACGCCGAGUGAGAGCAGCAUUGUUCCGACCAUGGCGAAUCUUAACUUUAAGCAGAAUCGGUUCUACCAUGUCCCAAAGCUUUGUUGCCAGUAAAUGUCAGUGGAUAAACCAAUUGCGUCAGCUUUCUACGGAAUGGAUUAGAAAACGUUCCGAGAUGAUGCUGAGAUUGAAACCACAGAAGACAGCAAACAUCCUCAUCUGUCACACCAUGAUGACCUUGUUACAGGGAUGUCAAUCAGAUUCCAUAGUGACUGUCACGUACCCAUAAGAAGGGGCAUUCAUGGAACCAACACGUCAAGGCUGAAGGACCAGGUAUGAUAAGGACCCUUUUUGGUCCUCCAGAAAUAACAAAUAAUAACAAAAACUGAAUACAGGGGCAUAUUUAUAUUUCUACGAGCCUUUUUUUAUCGUUAGAUACCAAUGAUUGCUAGUUUCAAAUCACCAAGUACAGAAUGUGUGGCCGAAAUUAGCCAGUUUUCGAGUGUGAUCUAACUGUAAGCAAAUUUGUUACAAAAUGUGCGUUUUUAACCAAAAGUCUAUGGCUAGAUCUCCUCUAAACAUAACGUUCAAAGACUUGUUCAAGUUCAAACAAUAAUAAAACUUCUUGAAUCAACUUACUUCUGCAUUUUGUGUUAUCAAUAUUACAAAAUAUGUAGGCAUUGAAACACGGUCUAUCCUUCACAUACAAUCCUGACAAUUUUCACAAGAAUUUCUGAAAGUUUUUCCCACUUUCUGAAUUGUGCAGACCUUGUGUGCCUAAAAGGGUCCUUGUUAUACUUUAUCAAACACCAGCAUAUCGUGCACAGAAUAUAACUUCCAGCCAAUUCCAUAGCUCGUCCAUAAAUGUUCAGCAUUGCAACAUUUCUAUCUCCAGUUCUCCACAAAUACCGCAGUACCUUGAACACUCCACUAAUGACGGACCCUAGGAUAUGGAUGCAUGUCACAGGUCAACUCAAUUCUGUUAUAGCGGGGCGGGGGUUCCUGGUAGUUUAAAAAGUUUGAUGGAUAUGUAUUAAGAAAAUAACAAACCAAUUUCGACGAUUGCAGAUUAUGUUUUUGUCGAAGGGCUAUUUAUUUAUUCAUGAGGAAGCUUAUUUUGUCAUUGUCAGUUUAAUAAAGAACCGAAUGUGAUCUUAAUUGAACAUCUUGGCUUAGUUAUGUAUCAUUUCUAGUUUGUGACGACGUAUGCAUCAGGUUAUGCUGCAUUGUUCUCAACAGUGAUAGCAGAGAUUUCUUGUGGAUAUGGAAAGGUUUUGUCGCUUCGAUUUACACGCAAUUUGUGACACGUUGGUAAAGAAAUACUCGGCAGUGAUUGAUUGGCGUUCUUGAAGUUGUAGAGUAAUGCGUUACGGACAGAAACUCUGCAUAUUGCGGCGCCUCCAAGUAGUGUCAUUACACCCUUAUCUAGCUGUCACUUCAGCUGCAAUAAACCAGAAGUUGUUAUAAAUAAAGGUGUAUGUUACCUUAGUUACUAAAUGUAUGUAUUUCUGUCCGGAGGAAAGGUGUCAACGUGUUGUUUGUAACACGUGUAUAUUAUUCCUGAUAUAUAUAUAUUCCAGAUCUGAAAUGAAAUCUUUACUUUUCAGAGCAAGCGUAUGACAUUUCUGUAGUGACCGGCAAUGUCUUCAUGCUGGGGUGAAUUGGAGUGUUGAAAUCAUGAACGUUUAUUAGCAUUACAUGUAUUUCUGAUAUCCAGCAGAUAUAUACAUGGUUAUAUUCCCGCGUGUGGUUUAUUGUGUCAACUGCUUGGUUUUCAGGUUUAGUUUGACGUAACCAAAGUGAACCAAGAAUAAAAUGGACACUGUGAGUGUUGGGAUCACAUUUGCCACCUACCUCAUGGCAUCAUUUCUGAUUGUCUUCACACCGACAAGCAGCAGAGUGGGCGCCCUCAGCAUACCCGGCUACUUCAAGAACUGCAGCGACUGCCGGGGAUCUCUGGGCAAGGACAUCCAGCAACUGAAGAGGUUACAGCUUAUACGCAUGCGCCUUGAGACAGCUUUGAGAAUUGGGAGACAUGGCUCCCCCAUGCAGUCGGAUGGAAUACCAAGAAAACACAUUAUCCCACAACAAACUGAGAAGGAGGAAAUUAUCACUUUCUCUCAGACGAUAGGAAGAAAAGAAGAUGCAAGCAUACUGGAGUUCGUGCUGGAUACAAGUACAAAAAGAAAAGAGUUGGAAGUGCUCAGUGCAAAUCUGUGGGUACUUGUGAAAAAACGCGGGAAAAGUAAGAAGGGGAAGCGUAUAGUACUUAAAGUGUUUCAGUUGAAGGACCAGGGUCUUGUUCUCCUGACGUACCUCCGGACUAAAGUGAAAAAAACAAGAUGGCAGAAGCUGAGUCUGCCGAUCAGCUUGAUUCAGACUCUUGUGGAACCACCCCUUAGCAUACUGAAGCUUCGUGUAGACUGUCGCAGAUGCGGGCGAGAGGUUAAGCUUGUGCUACCCAAGAACAGAAAAUGGGGCAAGCGCAGAAAAGUCAGAAGACCAUCACUACGUGGUUUACGAACAGUUACGCCUGCCAAGCGAAGGCCAUUUUUGCAUAUAUUCACACGGGUUAAAUUCCAUUCCUAACUAAAAUGGUCACAUGAACGUUGAUGGGUCCCAGGUUCAUCUGUCUAGGACGAUUCUGGAUUCAGUCUCGUGGCAGCUCCGUGCAUAUGUGACCUAGUCAGAGAUAAAACGUUUACCUCAUGGCAGAACAUUUGUCGCGGAUGUCGGACGUCACUCGAGUGUUAGGUGUAGCAGUGGCAGCUCGUGUACAGACUGGGGAUCUAACUCACUUGUUUGCUCUUCUCCAACAUUUACAAGAUGGAACGGCCUUGACCUGAUACAGGAGACAUUAUUGAUGCUUGGUUUAAUCAUCCAUAUAAGUUAUAUUUGUAUCAUACUUGCGCAUUGUGACAUUCACACUUUGUUGAGCUCAUGAGUUGGGAUAUUUUGGAACAUACUUACCAAAACUUGCUGAGUGUGUGGAAGAGCAAAAUCGGAAUCUUGGCAUAAUUACGUCUCCAGGGAAAAUAUGUUUGUUAACAAGUAAGGCGUUCAUUAGUUGUAAAAGGAAGGGAUAUUUCUUUCUUAUUUUAUGAGGUUUAAUUUUGAGUACAUGUCUAUUUCAGCGCAGUCCUGAAUAUUUGUUUGGAGAAAUAGUGUUUCCUGUAUUAUGUGUUCACUUGUGGAAUGUAUCGUUCUUCAGUCGCCGUGGAAGUAAUCACUAUCUUAAUGUCGUAACGUCCUUGUGACCACAUGACGUAAUACUCAUCUCGUAUCAUCCAUGCCAAGCGCGCAAUUGUCUCAAUGUGUUCAUGCACGUGAAAGUCGUGUAACAUUACACUUCUAUCGCCAUUAGCGACGUAAGACUGAGCAACAGAAACAAUGGGAUAUGGUUUAGAGUUCCCGACAUAGGGCAAUAGUCUGAUGCACUUUGUCACGUCAUUCAACACAUCCCAGGGUCGCCUUCAAUAGUGACGAAACAGUAUUAUAGACACAUAUAAACAGUCAUCAUUCAUUGAGAUAAUCCACGUGUUUUCCCUUUAAUAGAUGGUUUGUUGUUAUUGUUCGGGUAUGCAGGAUUCCCUCAGCCAUCAUGACACAUUGCUACAGGUUGACACAUUGAGACAGCGUAUACUAGAUGCAAACCCUUCCGAAAUAAGGAAUUAUGACCUGUAUAAAAAAACAUUACUCUGUGGUACUCGUUUGAGACAGACUGGUUAGAUUAACUGGUAAGGUGAUUAAAGUAUACAGCCAUACAAGGCACACUUCGUUUGGUGAUCAAUCGUCCAUAUUCUACAGACAGGGUUCUCCGUGAAGAGUUAUCUAAAGGUCUCAUCAUUUAUUGCCCCUAACUAUGACAAUAUUUAACAGAGGUGACACAAUGACUGUAGCAUGUGUUGUACAGUGUAACGAUGAUGGCAUAGGGUAGCUUCAUAUUAGGGUCUCAUGCAAUUACAUGUUGUGCUUCUUUAUACGGUCUUUUGCAUCCACACGUGAAUUGUGACGGACAUGCAGGUGAGCUUCAGUGCUACUGGAAUCUUAUCGAUUGCUGUAGGUCACAGGAGCAGUCUUUGUUUUAAACGUGUCAUAUUUUACGUUACAUUGGAGUUCUAUUUUCAGCAGCUACAUAUGCCGCAUAACUUGCAUAAGAAUGCACCCAUUGUGUGUAAUAAAUCAUUCCAUUGUCA